AUGCUCACAACCGGCGAUAUAGUGUAUGGAGACAAUGGAACAAGGGAGGAGAUCUCCUUGUCAAUUGGACCUACCGGUUCAACCACCUCUAAUCAACGCCUCCACCUUCUAGCAUUGCCACCUUCUCAUAUCUUUCCCCUCCACCAGGUGCUGUUUCUUUUUGAAUUAAGGGCUGUUUCUUUUGGGACUGUUUACAAGGGCUAUAUUGAUGAGAAUGUUCGGGUUGGUCUCAAAUCUCUUCCUGUUUCUGUUAAGGUUCUCAACAAGGAGGGUCUUCAAGGCCACAGAGAAUGGCUUACUGAAGUUAAUUUCCUUGGUCAGCCCAGACAUCCCAAUUUGGUGAAAUUGAUUGGGUAUUGCUGUGAAGAUGAUCACAGAUUGCUUGUUUAUGAGUUACAUACAAGUAACAUGCAAGAUCCAGUUGGUGGAACUAUUAGCAGAAAUGAAAAUGGAGAACCUUCAGGCCUUAUGAUUGAUUCUGCAAUGAAAGUUGUUCUUUCAUGCAUUCCGGAAGUUUCUGUUGAAGAAAGAAGACAAGCAUUGGAUAGAGCUAAUGUUUACAAAUGGGCUGAUUUAUCAGGAAGAAUGAUGAUUAGGGUUUGCCUUUUCUUUCCAAUGCCAACAUGGUCACGUUUGCUUGAUAUAAUACAAAAAACAGGACGUAGGCUGAGCCAGUGGAUAUUCUUAGGUGGUGUUAAAGCCUUUUCUGAUGGAUCCUUAGGAUCUAACAGUGCACUUUUUCACAAGCCAUAUGUUGAUGAGCCUUGGAAUAUUGGCCUCCAAGUUACAGAUAUGGAAAGCUUAUCUAAUAUGACUGUUCAAUCUGACAAAUAUGGCCUCCAAGUUGCUAUUAAUGCUAUUGGAGAUAAGGCCAAUGACUUGAUCUUGGAUAGGUAUAAAUCAAUUGUCUCAACAUUUGAGUCAUGGAAGUGCAGCCCAGUUUGGUGA